CCAUCCAACCCGGACACGCAACACGCAGCACGCAGAGGGCAGACCCCCUCGAAAUGCGAGCUAAGCCCGCUGGCGCGAAGAGGAUGAUGAUUCACUGAUGCGGGAGUGCAGCUUCGAAGAGUUCUACGAGAUGUGCUGGUCAAAUACCGACUCAAUCCCUCUGCCGAAGCAAGAGCCAUUUCGUCCUCUGUUCGUGUCGGUCAAGGGGCAGAUCUGCCACAAGAGAACCGUCAGGUCUGCAGCACACGAACGCACGCACUCACCCAUCAUGCAAUCGAUGCAGGGAUGCAUCUGUUGCUUCAGUCGCAGCCUGUGCUUCAUAGACAUUGCUGAACCAACAUCCUCAGGCCGACCGCCUCCCUCUCCCUCUAGCCCCUCCCCUGCUGCGCAAUCCGGCGCCUCCCACCCCCCUCUCAUCGGCCUGGCAUUCAACGCCCAGUACCUCCGCCCACAAGAUGAUGUUGAUGGGAGCUCGGACCAGCAUGAGGCGACCAGCUUCACAACCACCGUCACAUCCAGUGUGCACGUGGCGGUGUACAAGGCCCUCAAGCUGGGGGAUGUGAUUGCCGCAUGGGGCUUCCCCGAGCAGAAUCGGUCUCCUCGCAACUUCACGCUGCGCGUUCAUGGCUACAGGGUGCUGCGGCAGUGGGGCGGGAGUGAUGGCGACUUCCAGUGCCUCGUCAAUCAGUACCUGAAGACCCACCAUGAGAUGUUCACUGCUGGUGCUGCGGCUGCGGCUGCUGAAGCUGCCAAUGGGGGCGAUGUGUGUAUAAAUGGUGAAGGCGAUGCCGCUGCUGUUGAUAUCUCCCGACUGUGCAAAUUCUUCACCACCAGCGGUGUAUGCUACAGGUCAGUCAGCAAGAUAAGAUGGGGGAGAGAGGGAGGCUGGGCUGCACACACAGACAGCGACACUGUGUGUUGGUCUUUCUGCUGUUGCUGCCUGCAGGUCCAACUGUCAGGACCUGCAUGUGGCUGACCCCCAUGUGCGCGCCAAGUGGGAGAGCAUGAUGACCCACCGCCGCACAGAGGCCUCGCGGCUGGCAGACGACCCGCACCCCACCGACGGCAAGCUGCCCGAGACCAAACGAGCCGCACUCUUCUGCGAUUGGCUGGUGCGCAGAUGCACGCGCACGUCUGGACUGUGCAGAAGCGUGUGUUAGUUCGUGUGUUGUGGCUACUGGUGCAGGUGUCGAUAUAUGGCGUUGACUACCUGAGCAGCGGCAGUGGCGUCAUCGACGUCGCGGGCGGGCGCGGGGAGGUGGCUUUCGAGCUGACCGUCAUCCGGGGGAUACCUGCCACCGUCAUCGACCCGAGACCCAUGAAGCUCAACAAGUAUGUCAGUUUCCUGGGCAAGAUGACAACGCUCCCCCUCGACAGCCUUGUGUGUUUGGUACUGUGUGUUUUGUGAGCAGGGCUCAGUUCCGGUGGCUGGCGUCGGAGCGGUCGAUGACGAGGAUGCAGAGUGUGGCGUUCCUUCAUGGGAGCAUACCGCAGAUCCGCGACAUUCUCGAUGAGUCCUUCUUCGGCCGAGCGGACCCGUCUGAGACACCUUCACGGCUCUCCCUCUUUGAGAGAUGCUCCGUCAUUGUGGGCAUGCACCCAGACGAGGUAGAUCAGCAGCGCCCCUCCCCACCCACACACGACACAUAUCAACAAGACUUCUGUGUGGGCGUCCCUCCAUUCGUUCCAGGCCACUGGCAUCCUUGUUGAUAUGGCCGUUCGCUUUGGGAAGCCCUUUGCCGUCCUGCCGUGCUGCGUGUUCGGCCACCUGUUCCCUGAGCGGACGAUCACGGUCACGGCUGGGGAGGGGGAGGGUGGGGCCGCACGUCAGAGCCAGGAGAGGCCCGUCAAGACCUAUGACGACCUGUGUGAGUGGAUUCGGCAGCGAGACACGCAGGUGGGGGAGAGGUAUGCACAGGUGCACACGCGGGUGGCCAUUCUCUCAUCGAUCGCUGCUGAGUGUAUGUCUAUGUGUGUGAGUGUAUGUGUAGUUGCGCGUGGAGAGGGCGUUCAUCAACACGCGGGGGAAGAAUCAGAUCCUUUACACAAGGAGAGGCGGGACAGAGCGGGCAGCAGAGUAGGGCUUGUUUUGGGCUAUAUGUGAGACGUGCCUCGACAAAUUGACUCCAGUGCUUCUUGCACUCUCAGUGCCCUCAAUGUUCGAUGCGCG